AACUUUUUGGGUUUUGCUCCACUCCUUGCCAUUGUAACCCUAGACCACGAGUUUCAACUUUCAUCAUCUCCCUCUCUCUCAGACCACGGGCGGCCGCCAUUGUCUCCCUAUCCCUCCAGCAGUCCCCGCCUCUCAUCUUCAUUUCCUCUACCCCCAGACCACUAGCAGCAGCGACGAAUCGUUCCGUCAUCCAGCCUCUCUCUCUCUCUCCUCCAGCCGGCUUACAUCAAGCAGUAGCGACGAAACGGUCCAGCCACACUCUCCCCCUCCAUCCGGCGAACAUCAAGCAGCAUUGACGAAUCGUUCCACCCGGCGGGUCGAGUUCCACCUGUCGAAGGUCUAGCCGCCGAAUCGAGUUCCACCCGACGAAGUUCCAGCCGGCGAGUGGAGCACUUAAAUCCCUAAUUACCCCAACCCAUUUCGGCCCCAUCUCUUCUUUCCGCUAUCAUCUCCAUCAUCGACCCAGCACCUGCCGCCGCAUUUCCUUCAUCCUCUGCGCUGGUCCAGCACUCGGGUUCGCCCUCCCCUGCCCACCGCCGCAGCAGCUUCCCUUCCUCGUUCUCGCUCCCCGGCGCAGCUGAACUCGCACGACGUGUUGUCGAAGGAGAAGCUCCUGGAGGAGUAGCAGAAGCUCUCCGUUUCGUCGACGACGCCGUCUUCUCCUUCCUCCUCCUCCUUCUCGUCUCAGGGGCGACCACGGCGCUGGGUUUUUUCACAUCCGCCAGGAGAUUGAUGGGUGAGGAGGGAAAAUAGACCCAGCUCUGAAUCGGAUUCCACACACCCAGCUUCUCUGCUUUCCAAACCCAGUUCGAUUGUAUGUAGGAGUACUCGGGAUUACUUCGCAGCCCAAUUCUGUUCUGAUCUGUGUAUAUUUGAUUUCCCAGGUUGGUGUGGGAUUAAUGUUCUUCCAGCAAUUUGGGGGGACUAAUGCUAUUGCAUACGAUGCUAGUAUGCUAGGUCCAUUUUAGAGGCAGCUGGUAAUCAACUUUAAUCAUCACCUUCAUCAGGUAAUCCUGACGCCUACUCAUCUGGCGAUUAGUGGUGUUAAAUUAGUAUUUGAUUUGGAUUUAUUGUAAGAAAUAAAAAAACAGCGACCGCCAACCCUUCUGCACUGUCCUGACAACUCAUAGCAGUCAUCUUGACGAAACCCACUAGGCGUUGAUGGACUCCCAGUUUCUGUGCUUUAACCGGACCAGCUUGCUCACUAAGCCUCUCCUUCCACCGCAAUCUCAUUUAUUUGCCGCCGCUCCAAACUUCUACCGCCGUCCAUCUUCACUUCAAUCCAAAGGAUUUGCUUUGAGCAGCAUAAGGUGUGCAAUAAAGUCUUAUCGGUUAUCUGAGCUAAAUCGUGCAGAGGUCGAUGGCCUGAAAGCUCGCCCUCGAAUCGAUUUCUCUUCCAUUUUCAGUGUGGUGAACCCUAUUGUUGAUGACGUUCGCACAAGAGGGGAUGCUGCAGUUAAAGAGUACACUGCAAAAUUCGAUAAAGUGAACCUGGAUAAUGUCGUUGUGGAUGUUUCUGGGCUUCCCAAUCCGGAGCUAGAUGCAGAUGUUAGGGAAGCAUUUGAUGUGGCAUAUGUCAACAUAUAUGCAUUUCAUUUUGCUCAAAAAUCUGAUGAAAAAAGUGUUGAGAACAUGAAGGGUGUUAGGUGCAAACGCGUGGCAAGAAGUAUUGGCUCUGUUGGUCUCUAUGUUCCUGGAGGUACUGCAGUCCUACCUUCCACAGCUUUGAUGCUUGCAGUACCUGCCCAGAUUGCUGGGUGCAAAACUGUUGUUCUUGCAACUCCGCCGAGUCAGGAUGGCAGCAUAUGCAAGGUAUCACAUUUUCAUCGUCUUAUUUUCUCAAUCUUCCCUUUCCAAGUUCAGGCUAUAUCUGCUAUGGCAUGGGGAACAGAGUCCUGCCCUAAGGUUGAGAAAGUUUUUGGUCCAGGAAAUCAGUAUGUUACAGCUGCAAAGAUGAUUCUCCAGAACAGUGAAGCAAUGAUAUCUAUUGACAUGCCAGCUGGACCUUCAGAAGUUCUGGUCAUUGCUGACAGAUAUGCCAGCCCAGUACAUGUAGCUGCAGAUCUGUUGUCUCAGGCUGAGCAUGGCCCUGAUAGUCAGGUUGUUCUUGUGGUCGUCGGGGAUGGCAUCGACAUGGAAGCUAUUGAACAAGAAAUCAGUAAGCAGUGCCAAGCCCUUCCUAGGGGAGAGUAUGCCUCGAAAGCUUUGAGCCACAGUUUCAGCGUCUAUGCUCGUGAUAUGAUAGAGGCCAUCUCCUUUUCCAACUUGUAUGCACCCGAGCAUCUGAUAAUCAAUGCGGAAAAUGCCGAGAAAUGGGAGGGUCUUGUUGAGAAUGCAGGUUCUGUGUUCUUGGGUCAGUGGACGCCGGAGAGUGUCGGGGAUUACGCCAGCGGAACGAACCACGUGCUUCCUACUUACGGGUAUGCCCGGAUGUACGGCGGAGUAUCCUUGGACUCCUUCUUGAAGUAUAUGACAGUUCAAUCUCUAACCGAAGAAGGCCUGAGAAACCUUGGUCCAUUUGUGGCUACCAUGGCUGAAGUUGAAGGGCUCGAUGCCCACAAGAGGGCCGUCACUCUUAGACUCCAGGAUAUAGAGGCCAGGCGGCAGCAACAGCGAGUCACAACAACAUAGAAUAUGGUAGACCGCGCUUCUCAUUUUCCUUCUUUUCUCAGGUGGCCGUUGUCAGGAUCCUGAGUGUCGCCCCUUUUGUUUCAUUCUCAUACUUUGUUGAUAACAUGUAUUCCUUUCUCGCACUCUUCUGGUGCAACGGUAAACUUUUUUGGUAGAGGCUCGUAUCACAUAGUAAUCCUACCAAAAGGAGAACAUUUGAACUAAACACACUCUGAUACUAACAGGAGAACAUUCGACUUUACACAGCUAACAACAGCUUCCUAAGCAAGACACCCCCACCUUCCAGAGGCCAUCAC